CAACGGGCGACUCGGCGAGCACGAAACGACGACUGUAGCAGUUGAUCAAGACUGAUCUCCGAUCUCCAUUUCAGCGGGCAAGUGUUCAAUGCUGUGUAAAAAUGGGGAUCAGUUCAUCGAGGAACCUACCGAGCGGCUCCCAUGGCGGCGAGAACAGGGAAGAUCAUGGCGGAAGCUUGCUCCAUGUCUCCCUCAAAAUUGAAGAUGCAAAGCUCUGCCUCAUCCCCCAUCUCGUUCCCCACGUCUUCGGCUCCGUCCCACUCGCCGGCUCUUGGAACCCCUCUAAAGCGCUUCCAAUGGAACGCGAAUCCACAACAGUUUGGCAAUUAAGCUUCGUCGUCCCGCCUAAUCACGAAACAAUGGAUUUCAAGUUCAUAUUGAAACCUAUCCAUGAUUCUGGGCCGUGUAUUGUGGAGGAGGGUGCCAACCACGUGCUUGUUGGGGGCAAGCUGCAAGGGGAAUGUCAGGUGGCAUCGUUUAAGUUUAGCAAGGAGGAAUUCGUGGAGUCCAAGGUGUAUACUAAAGUAGACUUAGUUUCUCCAUUUGAUCUUGCGGCAAGUUGGAGAGCUUUUCAUGAAAACCGCAGGCCUUCUACUGUUAGAGGGAUGCCAGAUGUUAUUAUCAAUUCGAGUACACAAGCUGGUAAUGAGAGCGGGUCUUCUGCAAAUGCAGAGCUUGAUAUUGAGAAUUAUGUUGUACCAUCUCCGGCACCAUGGGAACACUCUGGACUGGUUUAUGCAGCUAACCUAACAGAGACUCCAAGAUCAUUGAAUGGUUCUGGGGAGAUGGAAACGACAGUUUCAGAUCCAAUCACUGAGCAUUCAAGUCCUGCCAUGGUCGAGUUAACAUCUGAUGGAAUAUUGGCUUUACAAAAUAAUGAAAAUAAAAAUUUUACUUCUGUUGAUAGAGGUGUAGGGUCUCCCAGACUAGUUAAAUCACCACGUGCAACUAACUUCACUCUUGAUCCAAAUCUUAGUUUCGAAACAAAGAAUCCAAUGCCAGCUGCUGCUGGAGCUGUUGCAGCUGCUGCAAUUGCAGAUAGGAUGCUUGGACCUAAGGAGGAAAGACAUCUAGCUAUCGUCUUGGUCGGUUUGCCAGCUCGUGGCAAAACUUUUACUGCAGCUAAACUUACAAGGUAUCUUCGCUGGUUAGGACAUCAUACCAAGCACUUCAAUGUUGGGAAGUACCGGCGCCUGAAGCAUGGAACUAAUAAGUGGGCUGAUUUCUUUCGUGGUGACAACCCUGAAGGUUUGGAAGCACGAAAUGAGGUAGCUGCCCUUGCUAUGGAAGAUAUGAUAGCCUGGAUGCAGGAAGGUGGGCAGGUCGGAGUUUUUGAUGCCACUAACAGCACUGGACAAAGAAGGAAUAUGCUUAUGAAAAUGGCCGAGGGGAGAUGUAAGAUAAUUUUCCUGGAGACAAUUUGCAAUGAUCUUGAAAUAAUAGAAAGGAACAUUCGUCUCAAAGUUCAACAAAGCCCAGACUAUGCUGAACAGCCAGAUUUUGAAGCAGGAUAUAGGGACUUCAAAAACCGUUUGGCUAAUUAUGAGAAAGUGUAUGAACCAGUUGAGGAAGGAUCUUAUAUCAAAUUGAUUGACAUGGUUAGUGGCAAAGGUGGGCAAAUACAGGUAAGUUAUCUUUGCCGUCUAAACUAUGAAGUUACAAAAUAUUCAAGGUUCAUUUCAUUUAUGUUUUGUGCUGAUACAAAUUACACUCCGUUUAAUUAGAAAAAACACUCCGUAGUUUUUUUGUUGAGUCUGUUAAAGUUAGGGUAUUUAUUACUCCCUUUGUCCAAUGAAAAGAGUCAUAUUCUUCUAAUGCACAACUUUUUAAUAUUGUUUUUUGUUGAGUCUGAUAAAGUUAUUGGUAUUUUUUACUUCCUUUGUCCAAUGAAAAGAGUCAUAUUCUUCUAAUGUACAACUUUUAAUAUUGUUGAGGCCAAACUAGUAGAAAGCAAUCAAAUAUUGUAGUAUUUUCAAAUUUAUUUGUUAGUUGAACUAAAAUAACAUUUCCUCAUCAUUGUUUUUUCUUUUCAUGCGACAAACAUAUGUUGAGAAAAUGGCUCUUUUUAUAGGAUGCAGGAAAUAUCUAACAAGCAUCAUUAUCAUUAUCAACUUAACCCCAACUUUGCAUGGCCCUCGCGUUGGAAUCCAUUGAUACGCAGUGGAGAACCAGAGAUGGCGAGGAAGAAGAGAGCAAAUGAAAGGGAAAAUUCUGU